AUGUUCCAUAGACUGCCCUCAGAUAGUCCAUGGAGAGCCGGAAGGGUUCCGGACUGGGUCUCUUGUUUCACAUGUGGUGAAAAGGGACAUUAUGCACAUAGCUGUCCCUUGAGAGGGAUAGAAGUGUCGAGAGUGGAAGAGAAUCAGCCGGCCGCGACCCGAUCUGCAAAAGAACCCCCGAUUAAGCGUCAAGCCACUGCGGGUAGAGUGUUUGCUUUGGACGCUGAAGUUGGUAAACCUCCAGAAUCGUCUAGAGGUCCUAUCACAGGAACAUUACAUGUUGGUGGUAACCCCACGCAUGUCUUGUUUGACUCGGGAGCAUCACAUAGUUUUGUGACUCCCGAGGUGGUGAUGAGGUUUCGAGAGAUCUAUCCUGUUGAGGAGGUAAGUGUUUCUGUGGUAACCCCAGGAAACCAAAUCCUUAGAUCUUCGAGCUUGGUGGUAGGUGUACCCUUAGAGAUUGUGGGGAGAAUCUUUAGGGUAAACCUGUUUGUGGUGCCUAUGAUAGGUUACGAGGUAAUCUUAGGCAUGGAUUGGCUGUCUAGAAAUAGAGCCAAUUUGGAUUGUAGUAGAGGGAGGGUGACUUUGAGAGGAGACCUGGAUUCGGUGGUGGUAUACCAAGGGAUACGGCCUAGUACGGGUGUCUCUGUGGUAUCGGCGUUGAGAGUGCAGCAACAACUAGUGGAAGGAUGUGUCUACUUAGUUGCGAUCAACGUGGUUGAGGCUGAAGUGGAGAAAGAGACAAAGGUAGAGGAGAUACCGGUUGUCUCUGAGUUUGUGGACGUGUUCAAGUCGUUGACGGAGUUACCUCCACCCCGGAGUAAUCCGUUCACGAUAAACUUGAUACCGGGGCGUCUCCAAUAG